ACCCGUACAGGGAUGUCCACGUCAGCAUAUUCAUAAUGAAUGUGUGUUGAUCAGUUAAUUAGCUCAUUUGUUAGUAAAAGGAGAGGAUUAGGUGCUGCUUAUACUCUGCCUAGAGGUGGGCCUCCAGGUGCAUUGUGGGAUGAAGUCAGAGAACGAGUAACAUCAGACGUGGUAACAGGAAAGCUAAUCAGAAACUUCUUUUUGGAAGAAUGAGUGGACAUUCGAUGAGCAGGUCUGAGCUCCAGCUUCCACAAAUACUUUGACUGCUGCUGAUAAAGAAGGUUCAAACAAUCCUUAAAUCCAAAGGUUACUGUUUUUCUUCCUUCAACCGUAUGACUCUUUGAUAAAGAAACAGAAGCAUAGAUUUGUUAAUAGAUUAUUAGCUUUCAAGUACAUCUUUGUUUAUGCAUGACCAUUUUAGACAAACUGGCAAAUAUUUUCAUUCAAAGUUCUGCUAUGUUUUUCUAUUUUGCUGGUGUUAUGAUUACGUUCCGAUGCAUUUGACCUCCCUGGGCCAACAUAGAAAACAGUAACUGGAGACAGCAGCACGACCCAAAUUAUUUGGACCAUGUGCAGUCAACUCACGAUCUCUUUACCCUCUGAAAUGCGCACUUCACAGGAAGCGGCGAGGCAUCCUCUUGCAGUCAGUUGCCAUCUUCAUAUGUAUCUACAUCAGAAGAGUCAGGGGUGUGCUCACAGUCAGCAGGCUGCAGGAGAAUAAAUAUGUGAAUGAUAUAGAGCUGAACUGAUAUGUUAGAAAUUGCUUUGGACUUUUUGUGGGUCCUGAGGAUUGAGACUCAGGCUUUAUUCAGAGAUAAAUGUAUGCAUUUCAUACAGAAAUAAAAUCUGCAGUGCUCAACAAAUUUGAUAAACCACCUGUGAUAAAAACAAGAAAACACAAAAAUGUUAAAAAACUUGUUUAAAAGUAAAAGUUGCUGAAUUCACUGAACUGAAUUUCUGUUUGUAUACCCAUAUUUGAACUGGCAGACUGGACUUUUCUGAGAAGUCAGACGUUAAUCAAUCAUAGCAUUCAACCACUAAAACUAAUUCUUCAGUUAAGGCGUGCAGGUAAAUAACUGCGAUAACUUUAGAAAAAAUAUAUAUUUCACUGUUUUUUUUAGCUUUUUUGUUAAUUAGCAUAUUUGAACAUACAUGGAUAACGACAAUAAUUAUUUUUUAGCAUUAACAAUAUUUUGAUUGAAGAGCUUCUGUAUACUUGCAGAUGAACCAUUAACGAAAGUAUUUUGGUAAUUAUCAGUAAGGCUGAUUUAGGGCAAUGUAGAUACCGUUACUGUGACACAUGCGUAAAUGUGCCUGACGCUCUGGGUUUUUCGGCAGUGUGUGAAACUAAACCAGAGCUAUGCACCAGGGCUGCUGUCACACAACCUGGCUUUACAACUGAUGGGCUGAUAGAGAAGAGCAGCCACACUGCUGCCUGAAAAGGUCAACUCGAACCUGACCAUCAUUCAUAGUUAGAACUUGCGGUUCAUAAUGUUGUAAAACACAUCACAGACUGAAAACACUUACAUAUUUAUUAACUCUCAAAGUCUGCUGUUGUCAGUAAUUCAAAAAGUUUAUUGUUCAUAUUACAUUUCAAAGUUAAUUGGCACAGCUCGCCAAAUGGCACUAAGAGGAAUUUAACUGUUUAUAUUGCUGCGUUCGAUUGAAAGUGUCUGAAGAAGAGAGCAUGAGACUGGAAUUGUUGCACAUGUUAAUUUAACUAUAACUCUAACAUACUUAUAUUCAGACAUUAAUGGAACACACUUAACAAGUCUGAGACUUGUAAUCGUGCUCACUGACGGGAAGUAAAAGGAAGAAAGAAACAUGAAUGUUGUUCUCUGUGUGCGCACUGCUGAGAAAGGACAGGGAGACGUGUUUUUAUUCUGCUCGCUGUAAAAAGUUAAACAAGAUGUAUCCUCAUAUGCACUGGCAUUUUUCCCUCUCUCUGACUCUCCCUCAGGUUCAGUUCAGAGUAAAACUCCAAGUAUUUAUUGUUUUGCAGUCAUUGCAGGAGCAUGAAUAUGUGGAGCUCGGCUAGAAAAAGCAAUUGAAGACUGAGUGAAUUACAUCACAAAACUGAACAUGUGUUAGCAUAAACAACCUAGAGAUUGGACGUUGUUGUAUUGUUGUAGAAUAUCCACCCUAAUGUUGCAGUUUUCCUCAAAAUCAAAGAAAAAACACUUUUCAGAGAUAAACUGAGAGCUCGAUUUGGUAAGUGAGCCAUUUAGUGGAGCCAUCUGCUGUGUAAAAGCCCGAUGACGAUGACGGAGCAGUUUUGUAGUACCCAAACUUUCACAUUUUCACACAACAAAAAGGAGCUUUUCCAGACUCCUCUAGCGCUACAGUGCAGCAGUGCUGCUGCAGCAGCAUAGAAACAGAAGUGGUGUUCAGUGUCUAUCUCAGUGCUGUGACAAUGCAAAAUGCAAAUGCUUUAUGUGCUGCAGCCUCACAGUUUGUAGAUGAACAGCUGCCCUGUUUAACUGCCCUUCUGUGGAGACCUGCUCAUCCUUUAGGUACUAAGGAUAUCCCACACACUCAGACAAGCAGCUCCACAGUAUUCAGGGCUGCACGCGAGCAUCAGGUGCACCGAGAUCUCAGCCCGUAUACAUCCUUACUGCGUGUCCGCAAACAUUUCUGAACUUUUAUUUAUCGUUUUGCAUUCACACACACACUUGCACUAAAACAUUUACAGUGCACACACCUCUGCUAGACUGUGAUGCUGCAGGAUAUUCUGAGAGCCAGAGGAGGAAGUGGGAGGUGGUAGUGCAGGGAGGAGAAAGAGAGAGAGGGAGACAAAGGAGUAGAGGAGAGAGAAAGAGUGGCAGUGAGACGGUUGGAGGAGAAGAAAGAUGGAGGGAUGGUGAAAUGCCAAACCUCAAAACUCUCUGAGGCAACCGAACCACCGUGGCCGAGGUGGGGGUAGAGGAGGAGGCCCUGGCCGUGGGGCUGGACAUGGAGACUUCAGACAGGCAAGAGACUUAAGGGAUGGCCCAUCAGAGGGCAAGACUGGGGGGCAUCCGAACAAGAUGUCCAGUCAGAACACAUCCAACAGGAAAGGAAACCAACCUCCAGACAAGAUGGCCCAAGAGUCAGACGUUCUAAACAAAGAAGGAAGAAACAGGAGGAUGACCCUACCAUCACGGUUUCAGAAAGAGGUGCACGCUCACCUUUCCAGAAACUCCCAGCAGACUGCUCCACCCUCAAACUUAAAUGAGAGCUUUGGUUCUGGGAAAGCAAAGCCCUACAACCCCCAACUGGUCCAAGGUCACAUCAGAGAGAUCUUGGCGAAGUACAGUAAUGGCUUCUGGGUGUCCAAACUGCCUCAGAUGUACAGAGAGCUUUACAAACAAGACCUGCCCACAGAGGCCAUUAAAGACCUGGAGACCUGGACGCACAUUUGCAUAGUAGAGAAAACCUGCAGCAGCAACCCAUCACAGCGGCUUCUCUACCCUGCCAAGGAACAGACAAACACUUCCUCCUCCUCUUCGCCCAUCCUCACCUACCCAAACUCUGCUACAACCACAAACGUGCCCGCAGACAAACCUUUCCAAUCCUCUGUCCAACAGAGAGCCCCCAGCACUCGUCCGACUCGCUCUGGCUCUCGGUCUUCUCAGUCUCCACCUUCAUCCUCCUCUUCACCCAGCCCUCCCUCGUCCCCUGCAACCCUCAGCCCUGACCUGAAGCAGAAGCUGGAGGAACUGUUAGUGAAGUACUCCAGUGGCCUGUGGGCCCAUGCGCUACCCAAGCUCUUCCAGGACACCUACAAAACCAAACUGCCAGGACAUGUUCUGGUCAACCUCGAUCUCCUCUCUGACAUCUGCACCAUCGACUACCCAAUGCCUGACAACCCCAAGAGGGCCAUCCUGUACAGGCGAAGCAGUACUGGAGGUGGAGGAGGAGAGGACGAGAACUGCAACAGGAGGAACUCUUCAGCCAGUGAGGAGGAGCUGAGGGUGAGGAAGGAGCUGGGGAGGAGGCUCAGUAACCAGGCAGUGCCUCCACUACAGAUCCCCAAAGAGGAGUACCCCUCUGUGCUGGUGGUGGAGGCGACCAACACAAACGGGGUUUUACUCAGGUACAUCGGUGAGGGUUACUCCCAGGCUCAGGAGUCCAUGGAAGAUGAAAUGAGAGAGUUUUAUGGUUUGGACCAAAGCAGCCCAACACCUGUAUCAUCCCUAUCCUCGGGCCAGCUUGUUGCAGUCAGGGCGGAGGAAGAGGAGGAGAUUCUGAGGGCACAAGUCUGUGAGGUCAUGACUGACAAGGUCAAGGUGUAUUAUGUGGAUCAUGGCUUCUCAGAGGUGAUCAGCAAAAACAAAGUGUUUGAACUGCAUGAGAAGUUCUUUAAACUGUCUUUCCAGGCAGCCAAGUGUAAACUGGCAGGCCUUGAGACAUUUUGUCAGGACCCGGCGGUGCUGAAGAAGUUUGAGACGAUGGCGAGUGGAAAGAUUCUCUUGGCCGAGAUCCUGGAGAGAGGGCAGACCCCUCUGGUUGUCCUGUACGACACGUCGCAGGAUGAUGACAUAAACAUCAACGCUGCCUGCAUGAAAGCUCUGCACGACAAGUCGCUAGCGAGUCCGUUACAGGUGAACAGCGCUUAUAUGAAUGUGGCCAUCAGUAGCGUUUGUUCUGAUGGGACUAUCUACUGUCAGCCUCCCUCCAGAGGUCUUACCAAAAUGAAUGAGACGCUGGAGAAAAUAGAGACGUACUUCCACUCACAGGUAACAUCAGAGUUCCUGGUCUCCCGACCUUUUUGUGGGAAAAGAUGUUUGGCUCGCUACAAAGGAAAAUGGUCCCGUGUCGAGAUCACCAACCUUCAUGGCAGCAGAGUGUUGGACAUCCUGUUCAUUGAUGUGGGCGUGCAGGCUUCUGUCGAGGUGUUUGAGCUGAGGGAGAUUCCUCCCCCAUUCCUCCGUGACCUUAUGGCUAUCCCACCACAGGCUGUGAAGUGCUGUCUAGCAGACCUGGCUGUCAGUGUUGGAUCCUGGACUCCAGAUGCUGUGCAGUGGCUUCGAGACAAAGUGUUGAACACCACUGACUGUAGUAUGAAGGUUGCCAAAGUGGAUGAAAAGAAGCGCUGCAUUCACGUCCACUUAUUCACAGACAAGAACUUCCAUGACCCGGACCGCAGCCUCAACCGUCAGAUGGCCCAGUCCGAGCUGUUAAAGCAGCAACCAGACGUCUUCCUGACCAGCCACAGCUCUGCCAGGAUUUCCACACCUACUUCAUCCACCAAGACCUCCAGUGCCAGUAACUCCACCAAUGGCAGCCCAACAUCAGCUAAUGUCCCAGUCAAGCCUCACCUCAGGAGGGCUCUGUCGGGACCCAAAGGCAGUGGAGGCGGUGGAAACACCACCACCACCCCCAGCAGCCCGACAGAAACACCAUCAUCCCCCACAUCCUCUUUCCAGCUGCCACCACCAUUAGAGCUGCCCACUAUAGGAAACAACAUGGAUGUAUACGUAUCAUUGGCGUGCCACCCCGGCCACUUUGUGCUACAGCCAUGGGGAGACAUGUACAGGCUGGUAGUGCUGAUGGGAGAGAUGAUUCUCUACUACAACAAAACAGAGGAGAAACCACUAAACGUAGAGAAGAAUCAGAUUUAUGCUGCUAAAGUGGAAAACAGCUGGCAUCGUGUGCUGGUGAAAGGAGUUCUGAACAGCGGCUUGGUGUCUGUUUAUGAGUUGGACUAUGGUAAGCACGAGCUGGUCAGCUGCACACAGCUCAGACCUCUGAUCAAAGAGUUCAGGCAGCUGCCGUUUCAGGGAAUCACUGCUCAGCUGGCUGGAGUGAAGCAAAGGCAGUGGUCCGAGGAGGCCUCCAUUGUUUUCCGGCACCACGUGGAGAAGAAGCCUAUGGUGGCCCAGCUGGAGGCAGUACAGGAAGCCACUACCCCUUGGGAGAGGAAGCUGACUGUCUUCCUAGUUGACACUUCCCAGGAAGAAAAGGACACCUGGGUGCAUGACAUCAUGGCUGAGUUUGCAGAUGAGCUGGCCAACGAGCUGUAAACAAUAGAGGACCACUGAGAAGUCUUACUAGUCAGAUCCUGUUGAUCAAAGAAGGCGCAGUGUGUCGUGGAUAGAAAAAAAUAGAAGAAGCUUAUCUGUCUUUAUCUAUAUACCUACCAUCUAGUUGGAUUAAAGAAAGGAAGAAAGGGGUUUCCUAAAGAGAUGAACAGAGUUUGAGAAGUAAGAAGGGACACUGAGAUGUUUGGCAGCAUGUAGAGGAACGAAGACGACGUGAAGAAAUGAAGGCACCGUAGCUGCUGUAGUGUUAAAGGCUGCACACAGAAGGAUGCUGUGAUGUGAUGUGAUUUGAGUUACUGCAGUGUGACCAAUGGACAGCAUGCCCAUUCAUGAUGACUAAGUACAUAAUUGAUACAAACAGAUCUACAGUACAAAAAUAAACUGUUAAUUAAAUCAAUAUAACCUCGCAAAGCAGUCAGAAUGGUGCAGCAUGCAUUCAAAAUAUUCGGUAUGUGGUUUAAUCCAAAGCAUCCUAAAGCCAAUCAGUGUGUGUCAUCCUGGGAAAGCCAGAACACCCUCAAUCCUGCCAAUGUGAGCACCACACAAACUGAACCGAGCAAGUUCUCUCGCGCAAGGAAGACGUACAGUACAUGCACCUGUUUACUAAAUCUGCUUUUGGGAUGGUGCUUCUCAUUGUCACAAAGUGUGCAAAAAGUGGAGCAAACAUUCCAGUGAAAGUAGGAGAAAUGGACGGGAGGUCGUACGAGGGAGAGCAGGAGCUUUUAUUUUGAAAUUACUUCAUGUGCAAAAUAUAAGUGACUGGUAUUCAGUGGAAAGUAUCAAAUUAAUGAUGAGCAUUUUUUUAUUUGUCUGUGAAAUGCAACACAGAAUUUAUUGUGGUUUGAAGACGAGUUUUACAGUGUGGAUGUGUAAAACUUAGUUUUAUUAAAAAAUGAAGGAUAAAUAAUGCAUCAAAGCUACAUUGUGACCAGCUCUAAACAAGAGAAAUGUGUAUUUUUAGAAUCUCAAAAGUCUAAUAUACGAGAGAAAAUGCAUGACAAACUCCUGAUUAUAACUCCUGUGACGUCAGCGCCUCGUCCAUCUCUGUGCUUUUUCGGGAAUUGGAUUUUUCUGGCUCGUGUUUCCGUUUCUCGCCUGGCAUUGAGACGUAAAUCUCAGCAGAUUACUCGUGCUGCAUGUUACAGAUUCCCUGAGCUACGGUUUAGUUUGACGUUAUAGUAAGAACAAUAAUUACGAUAUUAAUACGCAGAUUAAGUUUAAUGUAGUGAUAUAUUUAUAGAGUUUUAAAUGGAGGAUAAAUUGGGCUUAUGGUUGGGUUCGGUACCACCGCUAAAUGCCGGCCUGAUGUGGGAUCUGAUUCUGAAAUGUGAAACUUUUCUUUCUGAUGAUUUGAAUGUGCAAUUCUAAUUCUGACGCUAGCCGACCUGACAUGAUCUUAUUUAUAUUUAACUUAUAUUCUCUGGAUAAUAAUGAUCACUAUCAUUCCUAUUUUGUUUAACAAUGACCUGGAAACAAUAAAACAGAUGUUUUUGGAAUGAA